AUCCAGAAGGAAAGGUGCCCCUGUGGGAGGCUUUGUGCAGGAGGCACCAGCCCGUGGUGCAGCUGCUGCUGGAGGCCGGUGCGGACCUGUCGGCGGGGGACGGGGCCAUGUACGCUCGCGUCGCCGUCGAGGAGGACGACGCCGUGCUGCUGGGGGAGAUCGCCCGGUGCGGCGGGGACUUGGCCGCCGCGUGCUCUAGCGACGGCACCACCCCGCUGCACCGCGCCGUCCUGGACGGAAACGCCAGGAUGGUCAGGGUCCUGCUAGAGCACGGCGCUGAUCCUGACAGGGUGGACGCCCGCGGGUUGACGCCGACGGCCUUGGCCGACCGCCACGCCCACACCGACAUUCAGCAGCUGUUCGCGUCGCACCGCCACCAGGACCAGCAGGGAGCGCCGAAGCCCUCGUCGACGGAGGAGGGCGUCGCCGUGGCGCCAGCGGCUCCGCAGGUCACGAGGUUCAGGAGCGAGCCGUCGGCGAGAGUACUGCCACCCAGCGGUAGCGUCGGGUCGUCGCCGUCGCCGAACCGGGCGGGCCCCCAGUCAAACUCCUCGUCGGCGCGCAGCACGCCGCAGCGGAUGGCCAGCUUCCGGAACUCCCUCUUUGGCGUCAUCUCCUCGUCGUUCCACGGAAACCGACUCGACGGCGGCGGCGGUACGAGCUUCCUCCAUCGCCACGAGAGGAAUCCGAUCAGCUCGCACGUCCGGGUGACCAUCUCGUGCCCUGAACAGGGGCGGGGCGAGAGGAGGCUGCUCGUGUUCGUGCCGGAGACGAUGCUGCAGCUGCUCGAGCUCGGGGGGAACAGAUUCGGGUUCGCGGCGACGAGGGUAAUAACGAGCGACGGCGCCGAGAUCGACGACGUGAGACUCGUCAGGGACGGCGACCACCUCCUCCUAGUCUCAGAUCAGUGGGUUCCCGACACUACCAGCGGGCAUAGGAAACAAUAAUGAAAGCACCGAUGCAUUGGUUGUAAUAUUGGAUCUUUCAAAAAAUGAAAUAAUACGAUACUUAUAGGAAGAUAAUAUGGAUUCCAC